UGCCGUGGCUGUAUCAUUUUUUUUUACAACCACACCCCGGAGGUGUAUUGUCACCGAAGAGCAAAAGAGGACCGGAAAGGAGGAGAAACGUCGCGGUUUCAUCGCAGCAUGGUCACAUAUUGACACAAGCGUGCGUUCGACUCGACAUUCGGAUCCAACAGAAGAAAUGCGGAUUGGAAGCUAUGAGGAAUUCUCCUUGCGGAGUGCGGCCACACUGCAGGAGGAGGCCAACUCGAAGAGAGCGACGCGUGAGCCCGUCGCGGCGCACUCGUCUGUCGUCCUCUUCUGUGGGAAAGCUGUCCUGUCCCCACUGUUGAGUGGAGAGCAGCGGCAACAGAUGCGCGACCUCAGGCGGGCGGCGGUCCAGCUGGAAACGGACCGACGGAACCGGCAGAGGAACAAACCUUCGGCCCAAGUUGGAGACGUCCCCGCGAGGUGUACGGUGCAGGCGCAGGGACGCACGGGGUCUGCAACAAAAAACGCCAACAAACCGGCUUGCGAGACACGUCAAGUACUGUGCGGCGAGGCUGGUAAGUCGCCGAGUCCCAGAGCAACAAGACUCAGUGGUUACAAACUGAUCACUGACUCCCCCGGACUUCCAAAAGACCCAGGAAUUGGCGUUCAAACCAGCAAGCAGCCAACGAGCCCUGUCCUCAAUGGUCUCGUUACUGGGGAUGAGUUGAAGUUUGGGACAGAAGAGAAGAGCGAUGAGGACGAUAUGAGUAUGGACAGCCUUCUCAAGCAAACAAAAGAGAAUGUCAGCAAGGAGCAGAGUAAGGACGGGUUAAAAGUUGUCCUUCCGACACAUUCGCCGGAGGCCGCCUCAGAGAACGCGAUAUGUAGUCCAAAAAGCGGUGUUGAGUUUGGCUUUAGUUUGCAUCGCAGUCCCAUUGGCCCUCCGAAGAUUCCCUUCCAUCAAAAUAUGUAUGAUCCCGAUCCUCAACAGCCCGUAUCGCCUAGUCUCCCCCAUCAGUACAUUCGGCAGCCCGGCCCGGAGUCCAGUUUAAGCCCUCGGAUGCAGAGACGUAAACCACGGCCGUUCUCCACGGGGAACAUCCACAUCGUGUUCCCAGGGAUGCCGUGGGAAGGAGCCGGUCGGUCGGACUGGGAAGAAGCUCUCUCCGGAGCCGCGUGGUCCCCGGAUCGCCGGAGCUCAGUGUCGAGCGACGGCGCGGGCGUUCUAAACAGGCGCGGAAGUCGUCGAGCUGGUCGUUGCGGCAUCGGUCCCAUGCGGGAAACCCGUAGCCCAGUGAGCCCCUCGUUGCCUAGCCCGAUUGGGCGACAUGACCAACUGUCAUCAGGGUUCCGCCGGCGCUGCCACACCUUGGACAGUCAGCUGCACGCUGACCAAGCUGGAUCCCUUCACAUUGACCGCAGUCAAGAAAGAACGCCUCGCUUCAUGGCGGGAGUCACGAUGUGCCCCGCAAGUCGGCGCAACUCGGCUGCCCCGACGAACAAGUCGUGCAAGGUAGAGAAUCCGUCGCCGCAUCUGCGGAGGCCUCACGUUUGCCCUCGAGUCGAGCUCAGGACGGAGCCCGAUGAGCCUCGUGAUGAAACCUCACCGACUGCCCUCAGAAAUGCUGCAGACGCACAUGCCAAUAACGCAGAGGAGAUCCAGAGGCGAGCGCAAAUUCUGGAGGACACGCAAAGGCGUCUGGAGGAGGAACAUGCCUUACAGAUGUCACUGCUUCUGGCUGAGCAGGAGAAAGAGCAACAGCGCCUCCGUCUGGAGCUCGAAGAGACUGAACGGAAACUGAGGGAGCAGCAGUGUGAGAAACUCCAGAACUCGGACGCUUCUCAGUGGAAGCGCGCGUCCGUGAAUGACGGACUUCCAGCUGAGAGCCCGCCCGCCUCCACGCCGGGACACGGUUUCCCGAGUCCAAUUAGUUCUAUUGUGACCCGUCCCCCGUAUUGUGACCAGUCCCCCGUGUACUUGCGAGAGCCCACUUGGGCAGCUCACAAACCUCAAGCGAGGCUAAGUCAGGUUCUGAAAGCAGAAGAACAGAGAGCGUUGUGUCGAAUCGGCGCAAUUGCCCGUGGCUUCCUCACGCGCAGACUCCUCCAAACGCACAAGGUUCAGCAUCUGCGUCAGACCGUCACGGACACACAGGAGUUCAUUAGUUCCUUCAAAACAGAAGGUCCACAGAAGAGAAGCACUUUCUCCGCACAGGAUCUCUCCCUGCAGGACAGAGUUCAAGCCCACUUACGCGCGGCCCUCUACGACGUUCACGAAAUCUUCUUUGAAAUGCCUCUGGAGGAUCGAUUGGCGCUGCUGCAGCAGGACAGGGAGCUCUGUGCUGAGAAGAGGCAACGGGACACGGAGAAAGCCAAGAGGGAAAAGGAGAGAGCGGUCCUGUCUGCCGCCACACAAAGAUCUCUGGACCGAAAAAAGAGGGAGGGGGAGUCACCGGGACAGGCUCGAAAGGUGAUGCAGAAGCCCAAAAGUCCCACUCCCAUCAGAGUUCAAAAGUCCAGCCAAGUCCAAAAAUGUGUCCCGAGCCAGCUCAACCGCCAGGGGAGCUGGUACAAAAAGACCCCCGAAGCGAGAGUGAAGCGCACGGACAACCUGAAGAACCUGAAGAAGCAGCACUCUCUGGGCUGACAGGUGGCAAACACAUCCCUUAACAUCUUUUUUUCUUUGAAUAUUACACAAACCACUAAGUUUAUUUAGCACUGAUGUUUCCCUCGAGGACCGUAUUUGGUAGAGUAGAACAUUGUGAAUCCUCCCGCUGAAUGUUGUAAUAAUAGUUUUCUGAAAGAUAUUCAGUGGUACCUUGACUUACGAGUUGCAUUUGUUCCCUGACCGCGCUCGCAGCUCAAAAGACUUGUAUCUCAAAUAAUCGUUCUCGAUUGAAAUGAAUGGAAAUGUCAUUAAUUCGUUCCAGCGCCCCCCAAAAAACGCCACCAAAUUAAAAUGUGAUG